CCAGUGCCCUGGGCCUUUAAGAGUUAGAUAGGCUGGACCUAGGAAAGCGCUCACACCUCUCCCCACUCCACUCCUCUCUGGCUGUAACUCUGCCAGUUACAGCCGGCAAACUGCAGCAGGGUAGAAGCAGUCAAGUGCAAAGGAGAAAAGGAGUCUUCUCAUUCUCAGUGGAGAGCAUUGCGGAGCUCGGGAGACGACGCUCACAGACACAGGAUUACUAUCCUACCCACGGUGACUCUGGCACCAGCUGGUGGAGCAGUGGGGGAUGGCAUCUCAGAUUCAAAAGCUACUGACCACUAAUAAGGACCUGCUGCUGAUGCAAAAAGGAAUGAAGAUGCGCAAGGUGAGGACCAAAAGCUGGAAGAAGCUAAGAUACUUCAGACUUCAGGAUGACGGCAUGACGGUCUGGCAAGGGCGGCACCUUGAAAGCAUACCCAAGCCCACUUUUUCAAUCUCUGAUGUGGAGAGGAUCCGUAAGGGCCAGGAUUCUGAGCUGUUGCGCUGUCUGGUGGAAGAGUUCCCCCUGGAGCAAGGCUUCACCAUUGUCUUUAAUGGGCGCCGCCCCAACCUGGACCUAGUGGCCAACAGUGUUGAAGAGGCCCAGACUUGGAUGCGAGGACUCCAGCUGUUGGUGGAUCUCGUCGCCAGCAUGAACUACCAGGAGCAGCUGGAUCAAAUGUUGAGAGAAUGGUUCCAACAAGCAGACAGAAACCAGGACAGCCGGAUGAGUUUCAGAGAAGUUCAACGGCUGCUGCUUCUGAUGAAUGUGGAAAUGGAUGAAGAAUAUGCCUUCAGUCUUUUUCAGGAAGCAGAUGUUUCCCAAUCUAAUACUCUGGAUUCAGAAGAAUUUGUACAGUUCUAUAAGGCCCUGACUAAGCGCACUGAGAUUGAAGAACUAUUUGAGAACUUUUCAUCUGACAAACAGAAGCUGACCUUGCUAGAAUUUGUAGAUUUCCUUAGAGAGGAACAGAAAGAAAGCGACCAUUCCUCUGACCUUGCUCUGAAACUCAUUGACCGCUAUGAGCCUUCUGAGAAUGGCAGAUUGCUACGUGUGCUGAGCAAGGAUGGCUUCCUCAGCUACCUCUGCUCAGCGGAUGGAAACAUCUUCAACCCCGACUGCCUCCCUAUCUAUCAGGAUAUGACUCAGCCUCUGAGUCACUACUACAUCAACUCCUCUCACAACACCUACCUACUGGGUGACCAGUUUUGUGGCCAGAGCAGCGUUGAAGGAUACAUACGGGCCUUGAAACGGGGAUGCCGCUGUGUGGAGGUGGAUACAUGGGACGGACCUGACGGAGAGCCCGUUGUUUAUCAUGGGCGUACACUGACCUCUCGUAUCCUGUUCAAAGAUGUUUUGGCAACAUUAGCAGAAUAUGCCUUCCAGUCGUCAGACUACCCACUCAUCUUAUCUCUGGAUAACCACUGCACUUGGGAACAGCAGAAGACCAUGGCACAACAUCUGAUUGCGAUCCUGGGAGAGCAGCUGCUGAGUACCACCCUAGAGCAACAACUGAUUGAUAUAAUGCCCUCGCCAGAGCAGCUUCGGAGGAAGAUCUUGGUAAAAGGAAAGAAGUUGAGAACAAUUGAGGUUGUUGAGUCUGACAAGGAGGAAGAAGAGCUGGAGAAAGAUGAGGGGUCAGAUCUGGACCCAGCCUCCACUGAGCUUGACUCGCAGGAGCAGGCCUCUGGGACCAAGAGCAAGAACAAGAAGAAGGUUAUGAAGUGUCCGAUGUCUUGUCUGCUUAUCUGUGCUCAUGUUUUGGCCCAGGCUCCUAGUUCCAUUCCUGAGUCCAUUCUCUUGCCAAAGAAGUUUCUUCUCCAGAGUUCCACAACCAUCCUAUGCCCAGCCCUAUCUGCCCUGGUUGUCUACUUGAGGACUGUUCCCUUCUGCAGCUUCACUCACUCCAAAGAAAACUACCACAUCUACGACAUUUCAUCCUUUUCUGAGUCCAAGGCCAAGAACCUCAUCAGGGAGGCAGGCAACGAGUUUGUACAGCACAAUGCCAGACAGCUAUGCCGUGUGUACCCCAGUGGUCUGAGGACAGAUUCAUCGAACUUUAACCCCCAGGAACACUGGAAUGUCGGCUGCCAAAUGGUGGCCAUGAACAUGCAGACUGCAGGAAGUGCAAUGGACAUCUGUGAUGGGCUCUUCCGCCAGAAUGGGGGCUCUGGCUAUGUGCUGAAGCCAGAAUUCCUGAGAGAUACCCAGAGUUCCUUCAAUCCCAUGAAGCCCGUUAGUCUUUAUAAAGCCCAGAUCCUUGUAGUCCAGGUGAUCAGUGGUCAAAGACUCCCCAAAGUGGACAAAACCAAAGAGACAACCGUUGUGGAUCCACUGGUGAGAGUAGAGCUCUAUGGUGUUCCUGAAGACACAAAGCAGCAAGAGACCAGCUAUGUGGAGAACAAUGGUAUUAAUCCAUACUGGGGGGAGACAUUCUAUUUCCAAGUCCAGGUGCCUGAACUUGCUAUGCUGCGUUUUGUGGUAAAGGAUUAUAGCAGGACAUCCCGAAAUAACUUUAUAGGCCAAUACACCCUGCCUUGGACCUGCAUGAAACAUGGCUACCGACAUGUAUCCUUGCUCUCCAAAGACGGCACUAGCCUCCAUCCAGCCUCCAUCUUUGUGCACACCUGCAUGCAAGAAGACCUGGAUAUGGAUGAGCUCUGAGAAACACAGGGAGGGUCUUGAAGCAGAACAAUCUACAGAUGCACUCUUUUCCAACCUACAACUUCCUCAGCAUCCAGAGCCGGCCAAAGGAUCAGUGGCGGACCAAGGUUCCCAGGUGAAGGUUGAGGAAGAAUCCUGACCCAGAACUAUGACUCUAGAGAACAGUGCACAGCCGAGUCCCCACUGGACUGCUGCUCCUUAGCUGGUCUAAAUAGAGCUUCUCUGUCCAA